AUGGCGGGUAAAGAAAAUAAUCUAGACAACUUUAUAGUGAAAUUGUUUGAAAUUGAAGCUAUAAAGUUUGGAACUUUUCUGCUCAAAUCUGGUAUAGAGUCUCCAGUUUAUUUUGACCUGCGCGUGAUUGUCUCAUUCCCAGAUGUCAUGAAACAAGUCGCUGAACUGAUGUGGGAAGCCAUAAAAAGAAGUGGAUGCCAGUUCAAAUCAAUAUGUGGAGUACCUUAUACUGCUUUGCCAAUAGCUACAUGCAUUUGUGUUCAAAACAACUACCCAAUGUUGAUUCGACGUAAAGAAGCCAAAGACUAUGGAACGCGGCGUAUGAUUGAGGGUCGUUUUGACGAUGGGGAUGUGUGCCUUGUUGUAGAAGAUGUGGUCACUAGUGGUAGCUCUGUUCGUGAGACAGCUGAAUCGCUGCAAAAAGAAAAGAUCAAGGUAACAGAUGCCAUCGUACUGUUAGAUAGAGAACAAGGAGGGAAGGUGGCCCUGGAGAGGGCGGGAAUUAAAUUAUACAGUGUUAUUACCUUGUCCCAAGUAUUGUCCACUCUUCAUCGAUUAAAUAGACUGGACAGUAGUAUAGUUGACAAGACCACCCAAUUUAUACAGGACAACCGGUUUGAUGGGCCUGCAGUCAUCAAGAAAGCAAACAGCAUGUCAUCAGCUGAACAGGUGAUGAGUCAUAAGGAGCGAUCAGUCAAAUGCUGCCAUCCAUUGGUUCGAUCUCUCUACACUAUCAUGGCUGACAAAGAAACUAAUCUGUGUGUGUCUAUAGAUUGUACUUGUAGCCAGGAACUUCUACAGAUGGUGGAGAAGGUGGGACCACAUGUAUGCCUUGUUAAGACACACAUAGAUAUGUUGGAGGACUUUUCAACUGAAGUCACAGAUCAACUUCAGAGGCUGGCAGACAAACACAACUUUCUGAUAUUUGAAGAUAGGAAGUUUGCUGACAUUGGAAAGACUGUGGGCACUCAGUAUCAGGGUGGCAUGUACAAAAUUGCCAGCUGGGCACAUAUCACGAACGCUCAUCCAAUACCAGGACCAGGAAUUGUCAGUGCUCUAGCAGAUGUGGGUAAGCCAUUGGGACGAGGAUGUUUGAUGGUAGCAGAAAUGAGCUCCGCAGGAAACCUCGCAACAAGGGAGUAUACCAAAGAUGUUGUAAAGAUGGCAGAGGCCAAUAAGGACUUCGUGAUUGGUUAUAUAUGUCAGUCUCGGCUGUCAGCUGACAUCGAUCUCAUCCACAUGACGCCAGGGGUCAAGAUUCAGAUGGGAGGGGACUCCCUGGGACAACAAUAUGUGACCCCAGAGAUGGCUGUCAUAGAGAGGGGAGCUGAUGUGAUCAUCGUUGGACGGGGUAUAACAGCAGCAUCAAAUCCUGCAGAGGCAACCAGGCAGUAUAAACAAGCCGGAUACCAGGCCUAUCUACGCACCCUAAACCGAUGAUCACAUGACUGAGUGGGACUACCUUGAAUCUCAAAUGAUCUAAACACAAAAGGCUGGUGAUUGGAACCGAAUGAUUUGCUAAUGACUUACUGGAAUGUAUGAAUAAGGAUGAAAGGAGGUUCAGAAUUUUAGACUUGUGGUUUAUAAAUGGUUGUUGGGGCCAUCUAAAGCAUUUCAGACAUUAGUGUAAUACUUUAUAAUAUGGAAUUGACACUGAUGUAUCCAGUGGAGAACUAACCGUUUAGUUCUGAAUUUAUUUUGUUAUAAAUACAUGUUAAU